UGUGUGAGUGAGUGAGUGAGUGAGUGUGGUCUGAAGCGUCAUUCUCCUCUUUUCUUCCUCUCAGUGUGUGAACGCGCAUCACUUGAGAGAAACGGCGCCGGAGACCCACAAGUUUCUUGUCUGUCGGCUCGGCUCGUUCCACUCCGCUGUCUUUUCUUCCUCUCCUUCCUCUUCUUCUUCUUCAUUGUUACCGCCACUCUCCGUGUUUUUGUCGUGUCUUUUGUGACUCGAGGAUUCGCUCGGGGUGUUCACGCUAACACUGGGCGUAGCUGGAGAGAAUUUUGCUAGCUCGCCGCUGCACUGACUGACUGACCUUGUCUCCAGAAAGCCUGUAGACCUGUGGCCAUCCUGUGAGAUUCACGUCAAUCAGCCCUGCCCUGCAGAGGACCACUACCACUCAAGGGGAGAUGAAGCCGGAUGGGGUUGUCGCGGCAGCACUGGAGCCAAUGGAAGCAUUGGAAUCAAAUCCAGGAAAUGAGGCAGCACCAGCUGUUGGACAGGAGCCCGACCAGGCAGCUAGUCCAGUGGGAGAGGAGAUGCCCCUGCAGCCUGUUGGAGAGGCAGGACAGGGGAAGCCCCAACCAGAACAAGCCAAGGAGACCCCACCUGCUAAGACAAGCAACAAGACCUCAGGAGACUCCAAAGCCAAGACUACUAACAAGGCCACACCCAAGACAAAAUCGUCCACCUCCACCAGCCAAACAAAGACCACAGUUGGCUCACGGCCCAACACAACCCAGAGCCGCCUAUCAAAUGGCGUGUCUAAGCCCCAGACCAAUGGAGUGGCUAAGAAACCUACACCUUCCCUAGACAAAAAGAGCACCCCGACAUUAGCAUCCUCCAAAAAACCAACAGGUACGUCCUCGGUGCUGGCCCCCAAGAGCAAAGUGGGUGAGAAGAAAGCCACGGGGGCUGGACCAACAGCAGCCAAGAAGACACCAUCAGCAAAUGCCAAUGGUGUCAAGACGAGCAGCACUGCACCUGCCGCUAAGAAGCCCCCAGCGCUCAAAUCUGCGACUCCCACCAAGCCGAGCUCGACUGCCUCACCUAAGCCUGAUAAGACCCCUGUUUCCAAGACAACCAGGUCAACAACUGGCACUCCAGCAUCAUCUCGUCCAGCCACUGGGUCAACCCGGCAACCCUCUUCAACAACCACCAAGAGCUCCUCAGCUACAGCCAAACCUGCCACUCCUAAAACCCCCUCCACCACUAAGACUCCUGCCUCCAAACCAACCUCCUCUACCCCCUCUGGUGGCAAACCUCCAACACUGCAAUCAUCAAAAAGCUCCACCCCUUUGAAAAAAGAUGUUACCAAACCUGCAACCCCAGCAGCCAAAAAGCCUACAAAUUCUCCCCUUACCCGCCCUGCAUCCACGACAAAGCCAGUAAAAUCAGAGACCCCCAAAUCAGCAACACGGCCAGAUGUUGCUACCAAAAAGCUUACUACUACCAAGGUUGCGGAAACAAAGACACCAAACCGCCCAAAAACACAAGAGAGUAAACCCACACCCUCUAAGGAUGCUUCAAAGGCACCUGGCCCCAAAGCCAAGCCCUCCAGUCCCAAGAAAACUGUGGGCAGCAGCACCCCAAUGCCCGUGAAACGUGGACCCAAAGCAGCAGCUAUUGGUGAACCUGUAAAGGAAACUGUUGCUGCUGUAGCAGCUACAGCAGCUAUUGCUUCUGCAGCAGCAGCCCUUGCUGGGCCAGAAGUACCAGCUAUGGAACAACCUGCUACAACUCCUGAAGCAGUACAAGAAAAAACUGCAGAGCCGACAGCAGAACCAGCUCCUGCACAAGUGGUAGAACCAACACGUGAACCAACUCCAGAACCAAUACGUGAACCAACUCCAGAACCAAUACGUGAACCAACUCCAGAACCAAUACGUGAACCGACGCCUGAACCCAUACGAGUACCAACACCUGAACCAAUGCGUGAAUUGAAGCCUGAACCCAUACGAGUACCAACACCUGAACCAAUGCGUGAAUCGACGCCUGAACCCAUACGAGUACCAACACCUGAACCAAUUCGUGAACCAACCCCUGAACCCAUACGAGAAGCAACACCAGAACCCAUGCGUGAACCAACACCAGAACCCUUACGAGAGCCAACACCGGAACCCUUACGAGAACCAACUCCAGAACCCGUACGAGAGCAAACACCAGAAACCAUGUGGGAGCCAACACCAGCACCCAUGCGGGAGCCAACACCAGAGCCUGUACGAGAACCAAGCCCAUACCAAAUGCGAGAGGCAGAAUUUGGUGCUGAAUCAGUCCAUGAACUACCCUAUAGCGAUCAGCUGUCAGCCCAGUUGGAUCAGUUCCACUUUGAGGAGUCUGCCAAUGACUCAGUUACUUCCUUGGGAACUACUGUCAUGUCUCCUCCUUGUUCCCCUCCAGGCCCUGUUUCUCCUGUCAGAGAGCCACAGAAUGCUUCCUCUCUGCAGGACGUGUACAUUCAGUCUGAUCCUAUGGAUGAGAACCAGCACCUGGCCUCGUCUGAUACUGCUUCUCAGAGUGCAGUCAAUAUGAUGAGCUUCCAGAUAGAAGAGGGAAAGGAAGAUAAAGGAUACUUUGCAUAUGAUACAAGGGAGGAGGAAGAACAAGAUGAAGAAGAAGAAGAAGAAGAGGAAGAGGAGGACGAGGAGGAGGAGGAAGAAGAAGAGAAGGACCUGUUAAUGUCUCCUCCCACAGCUCCAUCUGCAGAGGCCUUUCAUAUGAUGGCACAACCCCACUUGUUGGGCACUUUGCCCAUGGAUGAUGACACAUUCAGGGACCUCCUCUCACCUAAUGAAAAGGAGGUGGCAGUAGAAAAGGCCGAUGAGGAGAUCAAUGAUGACGAUGAGGAGGAGGAAGAGGAUGAAGAUGAGGAACAGAGGAGACUAGGCCAUCAGCCUUCAUCCAUGAUCACUGAGAUGAGCAUGUCCCAGCCCUCUGAGGAGUUCCAAGUCUGCUCCCCAGCAUUUGGCAGUUCAGCGGGUUGGCACGGUGACGAUUUCUUGUCAGGGAUGGACUCUGAGGAUGUGAGCAGCUGUACCAGCAGUCGGCAGCAGGGAGUCUCUGACCUGAGUAGCACCCUGCACACAGCGAUAUUAGAGGGCACGCAGAGCUCAGAUGCCCUGGUCGACUCAAGUCUCCGUGGCUCUGAGGGAGAUGGAAAUCUCAUGGGCUCUCCCAACGUAGAAACCCUGGCCAACGAGGAGGAGGAUGAAGAGGAUGAAGAGGAUGAGCGGGUUGAUGAGAUGGACCUGAGUUCAGAAAGAAUAGAGGAGCACCACAAGGUGUUUCAGCAGCAGGAGCGUGAUGAGGAAGAUGAUGACGAUGUAGAAAUGCACAGCGAAGGUGUGACCGAGAGCUGUGAGAAUGUAGACGAAGACGACUUCAAUGAGGAGGAGCAUUUAGACAACCUCAAUCGCUCUGUCCCUCAGCCUUCUGUGCCCCCAGCCUGUUCCUGGAGCGAGACUAACCCCUUCUCUGAUACCUGGGGUCAACCAGCCUCACUCCUCGCUAUGUCAUCUCCCAGUCCUGUGUCAGACCAUGGCGCAGCUGAAUCUGAAACACCAACUCAGUCUCCCGCUCAGACAUGUUUGGACACCAGUGCCCCCUCUUUUGCUUCUCAGUCGGAGCCUCAGCACCAUCAGUCAGCCCACGAGGAUAUGAAGGACGACCUACUUGCUGCCUCAGCUGUAGGCAUGUCUCAUUCCCGUGGCCCAGGUCUGGCUGCGCACAGCAGCAGUGAGACAAGCACACCAGAGGAACCCUGUGACUAUGACAGCAGCUCUGGUGUGGAGUCCCAUUCAGACAAGCAGCAGACCCCAGUGCCUGCUUCAGUCCAGCCUGACAUGGACCAAGACCUGGGAAUUCAUUUGGAGAAAGGCGAUGGAGAAGAGGAGGAGGCUGAGACACUCCCUGCUGAUGAGGUUCUGGGAACAGGACCCCCAACUGCUCCAGCAUCAGCCCCGUCUUCCCCCUCCACCUCAGGAGAUGAAGCCAGUGACACAGAGGGUGAGAUGCAAAUAAACGACCCAGAUGCUGCAAUGAGAAUGGACGAGAGUGCUGGAUUUGAAAGCCCCACUGCCACCUGUAAUCUUCCCUCUCUUGACGAGGAUGAGGAGGCAGCAGGAACACCUGCUGGUGAUGGUGAAGAGGAUGGAGGCGGGGUCACCCCUCAGUCAGCUAACUCUGUGGCAUCAUACGGCUUCGACUGCACCACGUCCAAUUCCAAUGCCCACUCAAUGGCCGAAAGUUGCGGAAAGAGCCCAGGUAUCUUUUCCCUAGAGAACAUGGAACAGCUUCCUGAGGAGGCCAAAGACCCCUCCCUCAUCAAGGAGCUCACCCUGCCAUCAGCUGCUGCCGCUGCCCAGGCAGAGGACCUGCUGGGGCGACCUGUGGACCUGAUGCCGUUGGGCUUUCCAGGAGGAAACCAACCGACGUUCGAUGAGCACCACUACAUGCUGGGGGGAAAGGUUGCAGUGGACCACCUUGGGGAAGUCGAUCCAUCGGAGUCAAGUCACCACUUCGGGGCCCAGGAUUCCGAAGACGCCGACGACAGCCAGCCACCGUACUACUCAACUAUUUGUGAUAAAACUGAUAGUUUUCUGGCAGGUAACGUAUAAGCCCCACCUUUUACCCCUGGAAUGCACCUUUUCCCCGCAACCUUCCCCCGUUACCUGUUGUUUUCUCUCCAAUUGAGUUAGAUGGCAUAGAAGAAAAAAAAAAAAAAGAGGGGAGUAAGAUUGUAGGACAAGAUUUUCAAAACAUGAAAAUGAACAAAGGAGAUGAGGAAAAAAAAAUGACUGUAGCAAUUUUUAAAUGAAGCCUCCCUCUUUCAUACUGUUAUGGUCAUGGUUCUGAGUGUACGGCUUAAAUUCCUUUAUGUACAAUAGCUAAUACCAUUUUCUAGUAGAAUGUUCUUUUUCAGUAACACUGCAUAUUCUGUAGCCCCUGAUGGGGUAUUGACUGAUUGGUCCAAUGUGACUGAGCUUUUAAAUGGAAAAAGGACAAAAAAAACAAAAAAAAACAGAUGGAAGGAAAUGGACAUUGUGUAUUUAUCCUGCUGUUUUUACCGGACAAAAUGUCAAUGAUUUCUUUUUUUGUAUUUGCUUAUUUGUUGUUUUGUUUGUUUUGUUCUGUUGAAACCUGGUCCUCCCUACCUUGUGUACACAUGCUUCAUGUUCCACAGCACCAUAGCGAUAGUCACAUGCUUCUUUUUAAAGGUUGUGUUCUUGACUUUAAGCUUUUCAAAAUAAAGGCUAGAUAUUAACCCGCGGCUGUUUGGCCCAGACAGGUUUGUUGUGGUAGGUAUGGGAGUGUUAGAUAGGAGUCGGUGAAGUUUUUAAAUGUGUGCACCAAGAGGUUGUGCGCUCUUUUGCAUAGGUUGUUAAGGUAAAUAACGUGCAGUCACGUACAGUAUGUGUUUCAGGCUUUUAAUUUUAAGUGGCUAAGCUUUGAGCCUCAGUUCGCUGAUUAAGAGUGUUCCAGGAGAGACUAACAACUAGUCUAUUAUAUGUGAUGAGACCCUGCAUUGUCCUACAUCGCUAUCACAGCUUUACACUCGCUGAAACUUUUUCAUAGUGGGCGUUUGGUUUACUAUUUCAACAGUAUAUUGCAUGUUUAACUAACAAGAGACUGUGUACUACCUUGAAUUUGAAACAGUUCUACACUAGUCAUGUUCAUAAGUAAAUGGUUCACUCUAGGUUAUCUUUCAAAAUUCCAUUAAAACAUCGUGGCAAGGCA